CUCUGUCACCUGCCUGGGGUGUUUUUUUUUUAAUUCUCUUCCAACUAGUUUAGUCAAGCCCACAGGCCUGUUUGCCUCAGAGUCAAUCUGCUCUCACGCCAUGAACAAAACGUCUCUGUUGAGCGGAGACCACAAGCUGAAAGAUAAGAACCAAGUGCAGAAAGGAAUGGAGGAGAAGAAAGAGGAAGAGAAGGUCAUGGAGAGGAACUGGAUCCGUCCAGAUCUGACCAGCAAGUGCACGUGGCAGCUCGGAGGGCCGAAAACGAACUCGCCUCAUGUCCACGCAGAACGGAUGAAGCCACCCAGCAUUCUUCCAAACAUCCUGACGCACAUCGGAAACACGCCGCUGGUUCGCAUCAACAAGAUUCCCAAAAUGUUCGAGGUGAAGUGUGAGAUCUUGGCUAAGUGCGAGUUCUUUAAUGCUGGAGGCAGUGUGAAAGAUCGCAUUGCCAUCCGUAUGGUGGAGGAUGCUGAGAGAGACGGCAUCCUCAAACCCGGAGACACCAUCAUCGAGCCUACUUCUGGAAACACAGGUAUCGGCCUGGCCCUGGUUGCAGCAGUAAAAGGUUAUCGCUGUAUAAUCGUCAUGCAUGAGAAAAUGAGCAUGGAGAAGGUGCACGUGCUGCACGGUCUCGGGGCCAAUAUCAUCCGGACUCCGACCGAUGCUCGUUUUGACUCUCCAGAGUCUCACAUGGGCGUGUCCUGGCACCUGAAGAAUGAGAUCCCCAACUCCCACAUUUUAAAUCAGUACCGUAACCCCAGCAACCCUCUGGCUCACUAUGACAACACGGCCGAAGAGAUCCUAGAGCAGUGCGAUGGUAAAAUAGACAUGCUGGUGGCCGGAGCUGGAACAGGUGGCACCAUCACCGGCAUCGCACGCAAGCUGAAGGAAAAAUGCCCGAAUAUCCAGGUAUGGCUCGAAUCUGUCCAUCACAACAAAAAACACCUUUUCUUCUUUACAUUCUUCAUCUUUCCAGCAUCUCAUUUAUCAUUUCUAUUUUAUUUCCUUAUUUCUUUAGUUCAUUGUUGUGGCUUUUGUACUUUCUUUUAAGUUCUUUCAUACAUUGUUUCAUUUUAUUCUUUCUUU